UGGGCCUGCGAGUGUUAUUUACCAUUCCCCCUUGUGACGACACAGAAAAGUUAAUCCAAUCGUGAGUGAAAUAUUAGUCCCCGCAUUUGAAUACUGCGUCUAUAAAUAAACGUGGCCUGGCGCAUGUUGCUUACCUUCCCGGUCCCUAGCGAUCCUUUCUUCCAGCCACGAUCAUGCCUGAACCCACCAAGUCCGCCCCGGCCCCCAAGAAGGGCUCCAAGAAGGCCGUGACCAAGGCACAGAAGAAGGACGGCAAGAAGCGCAAGCGCAGCCGCAAGGAGAGCUACUCGGUGUACGUGUACAAGGUGCUCAAGCAGGUGCACCCCGACACGGGCAUCUCGUCCAAGGCCAUGGGCAUCAUGAACUCGUUCGUCAACGACAUCUUCGAGCGCAUCGCCGGCGAGGCGUCCCGCCUGGCGCACUACAACAAGCGCUCGACCAUCACGUCGCGGGAGAUCCAGACGGCCGUGCGCCUGCUGCUGCCCGGGGAGCUGGCCAAGCACGCCGUGUCCGAGGGCACCAAGGCCGUCACCAAGUACACCAGCUCCAAGUAGGUCCUCCUGCCUGCCACGUCUGCCAGUGAACCCAAAGGCUCUUUUCAGAGCCACGCAUGCCUUCAGCAAACGAGUUGUAAUCCUUCCAUUUCAAAGACUGCUCUCGGAUUUAUCC